AUGAGUUCAGCAGUAAUCAAGACGCCAUUGUCUAAAUCCUUGAGGAUUGCGUUGAUCCAAUUGAAAGCAGGCGCAAACAAAACGGCAAAUUUGGAGAAAGUAACAAAGUUCAUAAACGAUGCCGUAGCCAAGACACCCAAAGUCGACCUUGUCAUGUUACCUGAGUGCUUUAACUCCCCCUAUGCAGUCGACCAGUUUAGGAAUUAUGCAGAAGAUAUACCAAAAGGGGAAACAACACAGUUGUUGUCGUCAUUGGCCAAAAAGCAUGGAAUCUAUAUUGUUGGUGGAUCUAUCCCCGAACUCUCUUGUGACAAGGUCUACAAUACAUCCGUAACAUUUUCACCUGAGGGAGAAAUCAUUGCUAAGCAUCGCAAGGCACAUUUGUUUGACAUUGACAUUCCAAAUGGAAUUACAUUUCAAGAGUCUGUGACUUUGACUGCUGGCGACAAAGCCACAGUUUUCAGAUUGGGCGAAUACGGCAAUGUUGGUCUUGGUAUUUGCUACGAUAUAAGAUUUCCUGAAUUGGCAUCUAUUGCAUCAAGAAGCCCAAACAAUGCUUUUGCAAUGUUUUAUCCCGGUGCUUUUAAUACAACGACUGGACCUUUACACUGGCAUUUGCUAGCACGUGCUAGAGCUGUCGACAAUGAAUUGUUCACAAUUCUAUGCUCUCCAGCAAGAGAUGUUGGAGGUAGUGGCUAUCAAGCGUAUGGCCACUCUUUAGUUGUUGAUCCCUUGGGAAAAAUUAUUGCUGAAGCUGGCGACGGAGAGGAGAUUUUGUAUGCAGAAUUAGACAAAGAUUUGUUACCUAAAGCAAGGGAAAGUAUACCAGUACAUUACCAAAGAAGAUUCGAUAUAUAUGGAGACUUUGUUGGUGAUGGCUCUGUGAAAGUGAGUGAUAAGUAA